AGGUAUAACAUCGAGAAGGAUAUCGCAGCGUACAUAAAGAAGGAAUUCGACAAGAAGUACAAUCCAACAUGGCAUUGUAUCGUUGGAAGGAACUUCGGAUCGUACGUGACGCAUGAGACGAAACAUUUCAUAUAUUUCUAUCUGGGACAAGUGGCCAUUCUGUUAUUCAAAAGUGGAUAA